CACACGCACACAACAGGGACGUGGAGCAGAGAUGAUGGGUCGUAGAGACAAGUGGUGGGGGGCAGUGCUCGCAGUGGCCGUGUGUUGUGUGUUGUUUGGCAUGUGUGACGGAGAAUAUGAACCCAGAAGCAUUUUGUGUGACGACGUGGCUGCUAUUUGCUCCCAAAAUGGCUUCGAAGAUACUAACGUCACAGAAUGUGCAAGUAACGAACGGAAGUUCCUGAAUCCCGCGAUUUGUAAUUGUGGUCUCAUGUGCAUCGAGAAUCUCAAGGAGGGCGAUUCCUGCCUGACGUCAUCUCUUGUGGAUUACCCGAGCAAAAUGUGCGGGCCGGGGCUGGAGUGCAAGGAAGAUCCCUCUAACCCAAGGUCCUCAAAAUGCAUCAGAAAUGCAGACAAGAAGUGCGUCAAUGAGUCACUGAAGUACGAGGAGGAGCAGAACUUAGGUACGCUGGGACCAGGCCGCAACAAGCCCAACUGUGACGAGUACGGCUUCUAUGCCCCGACCCAGUGCAGCCCCAGCAGCACGUGUUACUGUGUCACUUCUGAAGGCAAGAGGGUGUUUGGCGAGACGCUUUUCACCAAUGAGGAUGUUAUCAACUGCAAAUGUUCCCUUUACUGGCAAGAUACCUUGAAGAAGGGGCUGAACCUUGGAAUGAGAUGUCUGCCAAAUGGAAACUUUGACUCACUGCAGUGCAUUGAUACCUACUGCUUCUGUUACAAUGACACGACUGAUGCUGUUACGUAUGGUCCCGUGUCUAAAUCCAUGAUCAAAUUUAUGCCUUGCUACAACAAGGACAUUCACUUUGAGUCAUACAACAAUCCAUGUCACAAUGCUCAGGAGGCAUGGGAUAUCCAGGGUGGUGAUGCUGACAUCAUCAUUGCAGAGGUACCACGACCAGUGUGCUCUCCUGAUGGAUACUACGCUGCAGUCCAGUACUUAGCUGGUAAGGCUUAUUGUGCUGACAGAAAUGGAAACCGCAUUGAAGAUUAUGAGCUCCCGAUCCAUGAGGCAGGAAACAUGAAUUGCCACUGUCCAAGAAGAAGAAAAAUGAUGGAAGAAAAUGGUUAUGGGGCAAGCAAACCCAAGUGUUGCAGUGAUGGUCAGUACUAUCCAUGGCAGACUCGUGGCCCUCACUCCUACUGCGUGGAUGACAAUGGCAACCAAUAUGGAGAAACUGUUACCAUCACAAAUAUGGAAGACCUUCCAUGUUACACAAAGACUCCUUGUUCAGCAAAAUAAUGGACCAAAAACAUUGACAAUAAUGCGAUUAAUUGAUGCAUUCCGUUUUAAUGUUACCUUCCUUUGUCUCAUAAUAACCUUUUUAGCCUGUGAUUUCUCCAGUAGUUUACAUCUGAUCCAUAACUAUUAUCCAAACAAAUUACUAGGUGAACAGCAAUAACUAAUGGAACACUUAUCUAUUUAAAUAUGAGAACUACUGUAUUAAUAACAGCUAUACCUUUCAUUCCAAACAUCCUGCUACAAUAGUGGCCAAGUAUGUUACUAUAUGCCAUGCAAGAUUAUGUACUGUGCUCUGUGCUGAAAAAAAUAAUAUACUGAUUCUUUACUAGUGAACAUACUGCCUGCCUCUGG